AUGGCCCCGUCACUUGGGCUUAGCUUGCCCCUCCUCGACCUCGUCCUCGUCCUCGUCCUCGAACGGCGGCAAUGCGUCGUUCUGAUAGCCCUCACUCUCUGCUGGAGACCAGCGGGUUUGCCAUUGGCAGGACGUCGGCAAGAGCAGGCGUUGACCCCAGUGCCUAAAUUCGUAUCUGAGGGCGAUCAUCAAGAAGGGCUUAGGGAUCAGGUAUCCGAAGGAGAUUAUCAGAAAAAAGACGUUGAGAGCCAAAAGUGCCAGAGUGCUGGUGCUGGUGCUGGCUGGCUUGCUUGGUUGCUUGGUUGCUGGCUGGCUUGUUUGCCCAUGACUGACAUGGCAGGCAUGGCUAGCCCGCAAGUAGUGGUGGUGGUGGUGGUGGUGGUGGUGAAGCGUGGAUGCCACGGUCCACUUCUAGCCAGUAUCAGUAGUGAAGUGGUCUGGUGGGUGGAGUGGAGAGAUGCAGAACGGGACUAG